AUGAAACCCCAAGAGAAAAAAGAAGAAGGAAGAAUGAAGACAGAAGAAUGCAGAAGGUAUAUGAGCCCUAAAGACCAUGUACCUAGCGUCACUCAGCCCGUCCCAGCCGCCCAGCAGCUGGGUGAAGUCCUAGCAGCAGCCCAACAGCUUGGUGAAGUCCUAGCAUCAGCCCAGCAGCUGGCUGAAGUCCUAGCAGCAGCCCAGCAGCUGGGUGAAGUCCUAGCAGCAGCCCAACAGCUGGGUGAAGUCCUAGCAGCAGCCCAACAGCUUGGUGAAGUCCUAGCAUCAGCCCAGCAGCUGGGUGAAGUCCUAGCAGCAGCCCAACAGCUGGGAGAAGUCCUAGCAUCAGCCCAACAGCUGGGAGAAGUCCUAGCAUCAGCCCAGCAGCUGGGAGAAGUCCUAGCAUUGUCUCCCCUUCAGGUAGACCAACUUCCCGCUCGCCAAUGGGGGUAA